AUGAGGAAUAAACCUCACUCCUCAUCCCAGCCCCGACCCUCAUCCCUCACCCCAGCCCCGACCCUCAUCCCUCACCCCAGUCUCGACCCUCACCUCUCACCCCAGCCCCGNUAUGGCCUCAGUGACGUGUAUGGCCUCAGUGACGUGUAUGGCCUCAGUGACGUGUAUGGCCUCAGUGACGUGUAUGGCCUCAGUGACGUGUAUGGCCUCAGUGACGUGUAUGGCCUCAGUGACGUGUAUGGCCUCAGUGACGUGUAUGGCCUCAGUGACGUGUAUGGCCUCAGUGACGUGUAUGGCCUCAGUGACGUGUAUGGCCUCAGUGACGUGUAUGGCCUCAGUGACGUGUAUGGCCUCAGUGACGUGUAUGGCCUCAGUGACGUGUAUGGCCUCAGUGACGUGUAUGGCCUCAGUGACGUGUAUGGCCUCAGUGACGUGUAUGGCCUCAACUGA